CACAAACUUGGCAGCCCUAUCGUCCGGCUCACAUCUGUCACUGCCUCCCGUCUUUAUAUAACCUUAAAACCAAAUCAAUCAAAUACAAAAAUUCAAGUUUCGGACCCGAGACUCUGUAUUUAGUCAAUUGUUCACUGAAAAGCACACGCUCGCCGCCAAUAUGUCAGACUUUGAGAAUCUGUCCGGUAACGACAAGGAGCUGCAGGACUUUCUGAUGAUCGAAAAACAAAAGGCGCAGGUCAAUGCACAGAUACACGAGUUCAAUGAGAUUUGCUGGGAGAAGUGCAUCGGCAAGCCGAGCACCAAGCUGGACCAUGCCACCGAGACUUGCCUCAGCAACUGCGUGGAUCGCUUCAUCGACACCUCACUGCUCAUCACGCAGCGGUUCGCCCAAAUGCUACAGAAGCGUGGCGGCUCCGGGGACUUGUAAAAUCGGAUGCGAACUCGCAACCCGAAACUCCGCCCGGGAGAGCCGGGAGAGUCGCUCCGUUCCACUGUCCUACUGUUAAAGCUAAUUUUAAAACACAAAUUAUCAUGUAAGCAUUUUUUUUCUGUUGCGGGUGUCUCCCAGUCGCAGCUCCCUAAAAACCCAUAUGCCAGCAACUCGCAAGUGUGUCUCCUGUCGGCGAACAGCCGGCAAGCCCGGCAUCAAUUGUGCAACAGACCUCCAUCCGGGUGUCUGUCUUCUUCGUCUCCGGAGGGGCCUGCGUGUACUGAACGUGUCUACGGCUCCAAGAACAACUGAAACCUGAUACCCUUUAACGCCAGCCGGACCAACAGAUGCAAAUCCUGUACAAUUUUGCAUAUGUUUGGCCGGCCUGACGCUUGCGAAACCAAAUAAAGACUUCUUGCGUUUUGUAUGUUAAACAA